CCUGGCCCUUAUCUGCAAUCACAUCUUCCGGGCCAGUGACUAUUCUACCUCUUACACAUACCGGCCCAGCGUCUCCCCCAAUGGCUCACAUUACCAGUUGCAUGCUGGGUUCCGGCACGGAAGACGUCUCCCUGAGCCCCAAUAAUUAUAUAGCACCAGGAGUCUCCCCACAAACUUCCAAUGAGUCGGUAUGCAACCACUUUAGCUCUCCCAGGCUUGAACCCAUCUGCUUGCCGUUGGUCCAAGCUUACCAUAUAUCACCGUUGCAGCUAGGCAGAGCGUCCCCUUCUGGAGACAAGCCGUUCGUCUGGAGGAUGCAUCAGACCGAGAGGAAAUACCAGCUCUUCCCCAAAGACAAGCAAGCCGCUGCUGCCGCCGGGAAGUCGUUGGACCCGGAGCAGGCCUUUGCCCUAGCCAUGGGCCAGAACGGCGAGAAGAGUGACAAGCCCGCUGCCGGGACCGGCUUGAGGAUACGGAUCAAGGAACACAACCUCAUCCGCAGGCGGAAGGUCAGCGUGCCUGAUCUGGGGCCUAUGACUACCGUGCAGGAAGUGGCAAUGGACUCACCUACUAUUCCCGGCCGCCCGCCUCUUCACGAACGAUCGAUCAGCGCCCCAGGCACCUCCUGGAAGCAGCAUCACCUCUUCGAACACUCGGCGCUGUCAAAGAGCCAGGUCCUUGACGAGAGGCCAGAGCUCGGGUCCGCCAGCUCCAGCCCGGCCAAGGACGAAGCGAGACGGUCGCCGACCGGAGCACGACAGCCACUGUCGCCCAAGACGCUUGCACCACUGGUGAUCCCAGCGCUAAACUCGGCUGUCCCUCGUCUAACUCACCAGAUGUCUCUCAGCCGUCUUCGCUCAGGCAGCACCCCCAUCGAGGCUCCAAUUCGCUCGGCAAGGACUGAUGACUCGCCCAGGGUGAGGACUCCAUAUACGCCGCUCUCAGCCGCCCUGACCACCCCAAAGUCUGCUGCUACCUCGGUCAUGACUGCCUCUACUCUUCCCACCCCUCUGUCGGCACCGAUCGAGUCCAGGUCGUCGCCAAAGCCCUGGGAGAAGGCGGCAAACUACGCAGUAGUCAGCACUCCCAAGGAGGGCACCCCAGAGGCGGCCUGCACGCCCAAGGCAGAUCCCCUCGACACGCCCCUGAGCGCCUCGGCCACUGGCCACCGGAGGAACCAGUCCGAGUCGGGCAGCAUCAUGGAGAGGGGCCGUCCAAGGAAGCGAAGCGAGUCAGGAGGUGUCAACGGCCGGGCAGAGUCCAAGAGAAGCAAGAGCGUGGAGCGGCGAGCCUUUGAGUUCCUGCCCAAGGGAUGGAAGGCAACCGACGCCAUGAACAUGAUGAGGCAGGAAGAGAUCGCCGCUAUACAGAAGCAGGCGUUGCAACAAGCUGCUCGCUUUGAAGUCCUCAGAAAGGAGGACGUUGACAAUCUGUCAAGGGAGCUCCGCCAGCUUGACGAACGCACCGAGUAUCUCCGCCGCACGUAUACCUCGCUGCGUGCUGGCCGACGCAACCUCCACACUCGCAUCUGCCAGUAUCUCCGCUCGCCCCGCACCGCCAAGUUCAGCCACGACUCGAUGCUCAAGCAAGAGGAGGCCCUCGCCGAGCUUGAUGCUUCGAUCGAUGACUGGGUCAACAAACUUGAGCAGGCCGAGAACCGCCGCACUAGGGUGCGGCAGAAGCUCCUCGAGCACGUUGCGGCUGCCGCCACUCUCUCCGUGUCCGCUGGCGGUGUCGUGGGCGUGAGCGAGAGUCUACAGCACGCCAUGGGAGUUCGCCCGCUAAACCCGGCGACUGCUCCCAGCAACAUUUCAACGCCGCCCCGCAGCCCUACCAAACUCUCCUUUACUUCUCAUGCCCAAUCCUCAUCUCCCUCCCCACAACGUGUUGUGGCCCAAGUCCCGUCCACCAUCCUCGAGCAGCCUUUGUUUGAAGAGGCAGCUUCGAUGAGGCCCGAUGUAGAGUCCAAGGCAGAAGUGCCCGCUCCUCUGCGUCGCGCCGAGACCAUUCGCAUCUAUGCCGACAAUGAUGUCUAUGCCCUCCUGGCUGACGUGGAGCAUGCCAUCACCAAGAUGAGCGGACGCGACUUCUCUCCUAUCAAGGAUGAGUCAAUGUCGGAAGCUGGGCGGAAAAAAAUCAACCGCUCUCGCAGCCACGAGCUGCUGAAGGCAUCGACGAAUAAGCCGCUGCCUUCGCUCAUCGACGCCGAGAAGGCUUGCUCUAGCAGCACGCCACCUCCGCCUGUCGCUAUUCCCUCACCAUCCAUCGACGUGCACAUGGAGGAGAUCUUCCUCACUAGCGCCGUUUUCAAGCCAGAGCGGUCCUUUACCGUCUGCUGAUAUCUUUUUUUAUUUCUCGUUUACUUCCUCGUGCCGUGGAACAUUGCCUUCUCACGAUCAUUAUCUGCAUGUCAUGUCUUAUGACUUUUUUUUUUACUUUGAUUGACUCACGAUGCUUACGGCCAACCCCUAUACA